AUCUAUCUCUGAGUUUAUUUUAGCUCGUACUGUACGUGCCUUAAAUGAAUUAAAUGGUUUUAAUAAGGUAGAAAUUAAAUUCAAAUUUCUUAUAAGUAUCCAGUUUCAUAAAAGCUUACUAAGUAAUUAGUUAAAACUGGUGUGGAAUGGAGGCCUGACCAACAUGGAUCUGUAGCAAAGUCAAGUAAAACAAAAUUAACAAAUUAUUGAAAUAAACAAUAACAUAUGAGAGCAGUGGGAGGAUUAUCUUUGGUGGGAGAGAACUUGUCCACAAACAACAACAAUGUUUUACUAUUACAAAAUUUUCAUUGCUACAAGUUAUAUCGACUUCUUUGGUUUGUGAAUGCGAGUGUGUUAUCCUUGGAGACCGCCUAAGCAGACAAAUAUCCUGACAACUGAAUUAAGAGGUGGAUAUUGUAAUAAGCCAGUACAACGUGACAUCAAAGAGGGAAAAAACAGCAAAGCAAUAAGUGGAAUAAGCAAAAAGUUCGACCGGUGUGAGUGGGAGUGGCAUAGAUAGAAUACAUUGUGGCACAUUUAAAAUAAAUUAGGCAUUCCCAAGUCAUUCGUGUAGCAUCUGAAUGAGAAUCCUCAACGUGGCUUGGACACUGCUGAAAAUGCUCUACCAACUACUGUGGUGUUCAGCGAGACUGCUUUCAGUACUAUUUAACGUUUUUUGGUUUGUAUGUAAUCUCGCUUCGGCAUGUAUACCGUGGAUGACGUUAGUAUUGAUGGUAGCCUGUGUGGCCUCGAAAUUUGCGAAACUCCGUAGUCCAGACGAGAAACGAUUGCUCAGGUUGCUUGGCGGAUGUGCCCCAGAAGAACUUACUUAUUGGCCGAUAGCCAAUCGUGGUGCGGGCUAUGAUGCCCCCGAGAAUUCCAGAGCUGCAAUAAAAAAGUGCGCGGCACGUGGCUAUCGGAAUGUACUUCUGGAAGCCGGUUUAACCAAGUGUGGUGAAAUUGUGUUAGUAAAUCGAACAACACUGGACCGCGCCGGAUUAGUUGGUGGAGCUUCAAGUUACAAACUGGAUGAAUUACGUAAAUUGAAUAUAACGGAGCUUCAUCCUUUGGGCUCUCAGUUCCAAGCCGAAACUGUACUUACACUUAAAGAAUUAUUAGACCUUCUGGAAGAACACCCACGCGUCACAAUAUUUCUGCAUACUUUAGACAACAGUACAAGAAUGUUGGAACAGUUAAAGGCUUUGAUAAAAGCGAAUGCACAAUUCACCUCACGUACAAUACUUAUCAGUCGAUCGCCAUAUGCCAUUUACCAGUUACGAAAAUUGCAUCCAGAAUUAAUUUGUGGACUCUGGACAGAGAAAUCACUUUCAUUAGCACUACUCAAGGCCUCAACGCUUAUCACAUCGAUUUAUGGCGCCAUUUUUCGUAACAUUAUAGCGCCGGUGAUUGGAAUCAGUGUCGUUUUCGUUAGCAAAGAAGAAUUUAAUCUUCAUGUUGCUGAGCUCUGGCGUAACGUAGGCGUUCGACCUGUGGUGUAUAACGUCAAUUCACCAAACGAAAAGCGCUAUUUUCAGAAGACAAUGAAAACCCAGUAUUUGACAGAUUCAUUGCGAUCUGAACCCCACCUCCUUAUGAAAGCUUAGAACUAAAGCUAUUACAUAAAAAAAUAUGUAUAAUAUACAGAUGUAUUAUAUAUACAUACAUUUGUGUAUAAUAGAGUAUAUUUUUUUCGCUCAUUAAUUUUUUUGCGUAGCAGUAUAUAGACCGUCCCACAUUUUUAAAUUUCUGCAAUAUGCAUAACUUUUUACUUUGCUGCCGUCACAAACUCAUCGCGAUACUCAAAUUAAUUUUGCAUUUAUGUAUCUAUAGUCAAAUAGCUCGACAAAGUUAUUAUUUCAUUUUUUGUUUUCUUAUAUUUGCAUAAAGUCAUCGUCUUAGAAACUGUUAUACAUAGAUUUUUUUUAUAAAAAACAAUAGGAUCCAACGAAUACGAGUAUUGAAGAUAAUUUUUUUUUUCAAAAAUAGAAAUAAAAAAUUAAAUUCGUAGAAUCAAUUCAAAACCAAAUCCGAAAAUAAAUAUUCUUGCAUAUGUAGGUAAGCGAUGUUUAAAGCCUUAAUUAGUGAUUGAUCCCCCUCAGCUUUAUUAUUUAUUUGGUAAUAAUUUGUAUUAUUUUUGUUACUUUAAUUUUAUAAUAGGUUUAGAAAUUAUUACAUAUAUGUACGUACAUAAGUAUUUUUAUAUACAUAUGCCGACUUUAUUUUUAUGAAAGAAAUAUUUCAAAGCAAAGCUGCGUUUUAUUAUAAAUUUGAAAUUUGAGAAAAUUAAAAACAAAGCGAAAACUUUUAUUCAAUGUUGGAAUUUACUAAAAAAAAUUUCUUAAUUAAUUUACAUUGUUUUGUUGGAAACAGUUAGUUUAUUCGUGAUGUAUUUUAUUAUUUUCAUACAUUCAUACAUAUAUGUAUAAUUACAUAUUAGUAUUUUUUUUUUAAGUUUUGUUAGAUAAUUUAUAUUAGUUAAUAUUUGUUUAAACUUCGAUUCAGAUGUUAUUAUUUUAAUUGUAUUUUGCGUCUUUUGCGCAUAUUUGCCACCAAACGUUUUUAAGUGAUGCUUUAGCACAAGAACAAAACCACAAAUAACAUGUUUUGCCACAAACAAACAAUUUUAUUUACAUGCAUACAUUUAUUUGUAACUGUCUAGUUUUACCAAAACUGUAUUUAUAAGUUAAUUUUUAAUUAAUUCGAUGUACGUGUGUGUGUAUGUCAGAGAGCUUUCAAGUAAUAAAAAGAACGAUUUGUUUACGAACGAACAGAGGUCA